AUGGCGGGCGCCGAGUCCGGGCGCACCGAGCAGAUCAUCAGCAACUUCUUCCUGAAGCUUCUCCAAGUGGUACUCGACUCCCGCGUGCCCCACCUCCUCGCCGGCAGCAGAGCGGGAGGGGACAAGUCGAGGAAGAGAGAUCGCUGGUUCAAUCUCGCUCUGGGCGACCCUCCUGCAGCGUUGGAGAACCUCGGCUUGUGGCACCGCAGCGUUGCCGACCCCAUGGUCGUCGAUGUCCUCCUCCUCCGCGACGCCACCGAUUCUGAAUCGGUCCUCGAGCGCUGGACCGUCCACUACGAGCCAUCAUCGUCGUCGUCUUCGUCUUCUCACCCCUCCACGCCGUCGUCGCCAUUCCGGGCGGCCACCGCGUUCUCCUCCUCCUCCGCUGAGGCCGCCGCCGCCUUCUACAAGAGGACCUACAAGAAAUGCGUCGUCCUGCUGCGUUCCGUCUACGCCGUUCUCCGCCUACUUCCUGCUUACAAGGCAUUCCGCAUGCUUAGCGCCGCCACUCUUAAUAAUCUUCACCCCCACCACCACAACCAGAACCAGAAUUGCAAUUUCAAUCUUAGCUACAGGGUCUCCUCCUUCGCCGAACCUUUCACCCGGGCCGAGGAAGAUGAGAUGAAGCAUUACGAUUUCGCCGCCGUGGAGACCCAGUUCGGCCAGAUUACCGUUUCUGUCGUCUACCGUCACGACCUCUCUGAAUUCAACUUGGAAUCGUCGUCUCUAUUCCCGCCGAGGAUCAUCACCGACUACGUCUGCAGCCCCGCCGCCGCCGGCCCAUCGAGAGCCUUUCCUUCUUCUCUGCCUUCGAACGAGGGAUUUGUUCAGCCAGCCUCAUCUCCGGCGAGGGGAAUCCUCAGAUUUGGGUCGGGUCAUAUGUCACGGCCACACAGCUGGACCAGCACUCCGAUGGCGCACCAUCCCCUCAGCGGCUCCCAACUUUCUGCGUCGGAGUUGCAUGCUUCCCCGAUGGGCGUCUUCGGACAACGGAUUGUCGGCGGCCACCAGCAGCUGGGCUCUAGUAGGAAGGGAAGCACGAGCUUCAAUGAGUACCCGCUCUCGCCCCCUUUCUCCCCAUCUCCAUCCCCUUCUCCUCCCACCCACUCUGGGAAUCUUCAUCGUAGGUUGCAGUCGGAGACUGCUCCCGUGACCAUUCCAUUGCCAGUGACGGGAAGCAUUCCUGUAUAUAGCCGCGCUCCUAAUCUGUCUGAUCCUACUAGGAGUUCCUUGCCACCACCAUCUCCAAGGGUCGCAAGGGCAGACAACUCAUCCGAGGACUCCCCUGAGAUCAGAUCAUUUCGCAGAGUGGAGGGAUUUAAACUGUCAGAGAUCUCUCCCAGCCUGCCCAGUUCACUGCAGAAGGUACAUUUUCUCUGAAUUCUUCGCCAAAACAUUGUAACUGUGAUGAAUAUGAUGGCCAAUGUCAUUUUAUUUCCAUAUCUCGCAGGGCAUUAGAGAUGCAAGAGAUGAUUCAGGGCGAUUCUCUGGGGUUUUGUCCAGCUGUGGCGGUUCUCCUAGAGUUGGCUUCUCAAGGAGUUCUAGUAAACUAUCAUUCCAGGAUGACCUUGAUGAUUCGUGCCCCUUUGCUGUUGAUGAUGUUGAUGUUCCUGAUACGCAGCGGAGGUGGGUCUUCUUCCCCGUUCUUUCUGCCAUCACUGCAGUCUCUAGCUCUCUUGCUGUUCUUCUUUGCCAUACAUCAGCUGAUAUGACCAAGGAGUGAAUGUCUUUUUUUUCUCCCAUGGUUUUUUUUUUUUUAAACCUCACGCCACACUAAAUAACAACAUUGGCAUACAUCAGCUGAUAUGGUUCAACGCUGUUAUUUGUGUAUGCCGAGCUCAAUAUUGAUGGUUGGUUAAUCAGGAGGUCGACAUAGAGGCCCAUGUUUCUGGGAUUCUCACCAUUUUUAUCUGUUCUUGAGGCUCUUAGGAGUGGACUAUGAACGGAAAAAAUACUUUUUUUUUUUUUCCCUCUAUUGCUGUAGGUCUUCAUGUGUUUGGUGAUUUAUCUAAUAUAUCAAAGGCUGAAUUGGAUUAUGCAAUUAAAUAGGCCGCAGCCGAUCCCAGUCUGGAUGUGAUUGCUGAAGGUAAUACUUUGGGAUCUCUGUGGUUGGUAGUGCUGGUUGGGACAAUAUUACUCCACCUCCAGCUCCACCUCCACCUCAAUCUCCAUCUCCAUGAAGGGUGCCGAUCUACAUCCCUGUCUAUUUUCUCACAACUCCUUGGUGUGUUACAGUGGUCUUCCCUAAUUUUUCGUUGACAAUAUUCUCACCCAAAAGUAGCUCAUUGGUCCACAAUUAUUCUGCCUCAUGGAGUAGACUGCGAUGAUGAAUCCUUUGUUUUGCAUUUAGUUCCACUUCUUCUCAUUCUUUUUUCUAUUUUCUUGUUUGGCAAUUGAUUGGUUGCCUUUUUUUUGGGUUUACUGACCUGCUUAUUGAACAGAUAUUUUGGCAUUAAUCUACUUAGAAAAGAUCCAGAGUAUGUCAGCAUGGCCCAGCUUCACAGUAUCCUAAGAGAAUUAAAUCAGUGUAUCCAGCUUGUUUGGAACAUGCUGGUUGGUUGGGGCAUCAUCUCUGUUGAGUAUCCUAUUGUGCGGUAGAAACGGGUAGCAUGCUUUAAAUUUGUAAUCUUCUUAUUUUCUGUCGUAGAGUUAUUGGAUAAACAAAAUAUUUAGAAAAAAAUGGCCAUAAACAAGUGAAAGUGAUGGUGAGUUGACUGAAAACUUGGAGAUGGGGAGAUUUCCUUUCGUCAAUCAUUAAUCAACUUUCCCUUGGAUCUCUCAUGAUUAUGUUUUUGCUCAUGAGCAUGAGAUGAUGGUCCAGGUUGACUUCUUUGAUAUGACAACUGGAGCAGACAUCUUUUGAUAUCUAGAUAGAUAGGAGGCCAAUCAUAGUGAACACCAAUAGAAAGGAUUCUAACACAAAUAGGUCAAACAUAGGACAAAAAGGACCAUACCAUCUGGUGGGCGCUACAUUGAAAAUGUGAUGUAAAUUGGGAGUGAAGAGAGCGUUCCUCCAUGAGAUUUCUCCAGACUAGGAGCUUCACAACUUCAUCAUGUCUAACCAAGAGAACCAAAUGAUAUGCAACAGGGAUUUGACGCACUCUGCACUUUGCAUGUGGCCUCUCUGAAUGCAAGUGGGUAGGUCAACGCUCAAUCUCAGAGGAUGGCAAGGGAGGUAGAUAUGCAUAAAAUAGUGGGAGAUCGAUAGGUGUAGGACCUGGAAAAUAGUCCUUCAAUGAGUAGAAUAUGUGUAGAAAAUGGUUGUUAGAACAAGGUCGCGGCCACACAAAGAGAAAUAUGAAAUAAUGUGGGAAGAUGCAAUUUCGGCAGUGGUAAAUUGAGGUUUCUAGAGAUGCGUUAGAACAUCAUUGCCCUUUUAUUAGCUAAUGACGCAUAUAAAGCUCAUGCAUACUGUAGACCCUAGGAGCAAAUGAAAUAAGAGUAAAUUGGGUUGAUUUAUUUGAGGGAGCUCAUCGAUAAGAACAGAGGAUGUUUCACAGCUAAUAACAUGUUUGGUUCAGACACAUCAAGAUAUUAUGAUUGUUGUGUUUAGCUGUACGAUUUUGUUGAAGACUGGGAGCAGAUGAGGGGAGAUGAUCAAUGCCUUGAGCAUUCUGAUGCAUUGUUGAAGCAGAGGUGUGCCCAUGAAUAGAAAUGUGAGUUUUUACCUCCUUUUGAAAGGAACUUGAAAGAGCAAUUGUGCUGAAUUUUAAUGAAGAAUUCAUUAGUUUUUACCAUUGACCAAAGGUUUAGGAUGAGUAACGAUGGGAAUAUCAUGUGUUGGGUCAGAACCCCUUCGUCUUGAUUAGUUUUGCAUAUUCAUGGAACUGAACAGUAAUAUCCCCGUCACUGAUAGUAUGAUUUGAUUUCUAAGAAAAGCAGCGUGUUGCAUUAAAGUUGUACCAUUGACCUAAGUAGGCUUCCCAAAGUUCUCUCUUUGCUUCUCUGACAUGUGAUUAGUAUUGAACUGAAAAGUCAACAUCCAUGGCGGAGAGAAACAUGACUGCUUGAGAUUCCCCAUAGUGUAUGUAUUUUUCCAAGUAUGUCUCAGAGAUAUUCAUCUCAUGUGAUCUUUAGCAGUCCAUUGUAGCUCUGACUUUGAGUCUUCAUUCCACACUAUUUAGAAGGCAUGAUAGCCAAGUGAUCAUCAUCUAUGGGCUCAAGGGGGUUUUGACUUUGCAAGAUGAGGUUCGGAUUGCUCAAUCUUGUUCUAGUCUCUGCUUAGGAGGGUCAACUCUUUCUGCGAGUUGGAGGUUGGCUUGAAAAACAUCAUCAUCCUUCAUGCACUGAGAGGGUCAACAGUGAUGUGUUUUCGUCAUCAAACACUUUCAGUUAUCUCAAUUUUAUUGUCCCCAGUUUAUAAUUUUGGAAACACGAAAUUCCUUUUCUUCUGUUUAUAGAAAAACAUCCUAUUGGGGUCUGCCCUGUUUCUUGAGCAGAGCCACCGACGGAAAGGCGGCCUCAGAGAAUCAGCUGGCAUCAUCAUCUGUGUCGUCCUGGACGUCCCAGGAGGCUGCUGUUGGUAUGCUUGUACACAUGCUGAAGACGGCCCCGCCGCUGCGGCAGGACCAGAGCUACUCGUCUCGGGCGGCAGGACCCGGCCAUGACCGGGAGGGUGGUGGCGGCAGUGGCGGCGGGGCCUCGAGCUUCUAUGCGGCCCGGCGGGCGGCUGACGCCCUGGAGGAGCUGCGGAGCUACAAGGAGAUCAAGGACAUGCUGCUCUCCCGGAGUGGGUCCCACCUCCCGGGACCCUCCCGGGAGAGAUGA